AUGGCGAGCACCGGCAAUGACCACUUCUAUGGAGAGAAGGGGAUGCCCGCGCACAUGAUGGAUGAGACCCCCUUGUCUCGAGGUGUCCGUACACAUUCUCACGACGAUGAAGAAGCUGUUCGACGAGGCUCUCGCAAAGCUUCCGUCGUCGCUUCUCUCAAAGCCAGUUACGGGAUUGCCAAGGAUGAACCAUAUGUGGAGAGUAUAAGAGGAGGAUACGAUCAUACUCACCGAAAGCUCAAGCCCAGGCACAUCCAGCUCAUUGGUAUUGGGGGAACCAUUGGUACUGCUCUAUAUGUCCAAAUUGGACGUGGUCUCCUGAAUGGCGGUCCUGGGAGCUUGUUUUUGGCAUUUACGAUUUGGUGUACCUUCAUCCUCUGUGUCACGAACUGCAUGGCUGAAAUGGUUACAUAUCUCCCUAUAUCCUCGCCAUUCAUUCGUUUCGCUGGUCGCUACGUCGAUGAAGCCUUUGGUGUCGCCGCGGGCUAUAAUUUCUUCGUCUUCGAAGCUAUGCUGGUACCAUUCGAGAUUGUGGCUUGCAACGUUAUCAUCCAUUUCUGGAGCGAUGUCGUUCCGGCGGGUGGCAUAAUUGCGAUCUGCAUUGUUUCAUAUGCCGUGAUCAAUAUGUUCGCUGUGAAAUGGUACGGAGAAUCUGAGUUCUGGUUGGCUUUGGGUAAAAUGCUACUCAUCAUCGGCUUGAUCAUCUACACUUUUAUCGCUAUGCUUGGAGGAAACCCUUUGCACGAUCGAUUCGGCUUUCGGUAUUGGCAAAACCCUGGAUCAUUCACCGAACUAUGGUAUGAAGGUUCGACAGGCCGGUUUGUGGGCUUCUUGCAAUGUCUCAUUCAGGCCUCAUUCACGAUUGCUGGCCCCGAUUACGUCUCAAUGGCAGCAGGUGAGGCUGAAAAUCCGCGCAAAGUCCUCCCUAGGGCCUAUAAAGCCGUCUUUUACCGCCUCACCGCCUUCUUCGUCCUCGGAUCUCUAUGCGUAGGAAUUCUCGUACCUUACGACGAUCCUGAAUUGACUGCAGCCUUCGAGACUGGCCAACCUGGCGCUGCAGCAUCUCCUUACGUCGUGUCGAUGAAUCGUCUUCGCAUCAAAGUGCUACCUCAUAUUGUCAAUGCAAUGGUGCUUGGAAGCGCUUUUUCUGCUGGUAACAGCUAUAUGUACUGCGCCAGCCGCAGUCUGUUUGGACUUGCGCUUGAAGGCAAGGCCCCUCAGAUUUUCAAACGCUGCACAAAGAAUGGUGUACCCGUCUACUGUGUGGCGCUUGUCCUGCUUCUUAGUUUAUUGAGCUUUUUGCAAGUCAGCAACGACUCGGCCGUCGUACUUGGCUGGUUUGUUAACUUGGUGACUGCGUCCCAGCUUAUCAACUUCUCUGUGAUGUCAUAUACAUACAUCAAGUUCAAAAGGGCUCUUGAGGCGCAAGGAAUUGACCGUAACACACUGCCUUACAGAGCCUGGUGGCAGCCAUAUUCGGCUUGGUACGCCCUGGUUGGGACUUUUAUCAUGACCUUUGUGGGAGGGUAUUCAGUCUUCCUUCCCGGCUUCUGGGAUGUCCCGACGUUCCUCUUCAGCUACACCAUGAUAGGUGUAUUCCCGAUUUUAUUCUUCGGUUGGAAAUUCUACAAGAAGACAAAGUGGCUAAAGCCUGAAGAGGUCGACCUCAACAAGGACAUGGAUGAGUUGGAGGAGUACGAGCGAAACUACGUGCCGAGACAGCCUAGGUGA